GGACGUUCCUUUCCUGAAUGAAUCUCUGUAUUUUCUCUCACUUUCGUAAGAGCUUGGCCUAGCCAUUGAUUCAGCAGAAACAUUACAAUCCAAUCCAAUUCGUGAAAUUCAGACUCCCAAAUCAGUUGAAAGAAGAUGAAGAUCAUGGUGGCGAUAAAGCGCGUCGUCGAUUACGCCGUCAAAAUCCGAGUCAAACCCGACAAGACCGGCGUAGAAACCCAGAACGUGAAGAUGUCGAUGAACCCCUUCUGCGAGAUUGCCCUGGAAGAGGCCCUCCGAAUCAGAGAGUCCGGAUUGGCGUCGGAGGUUGUGGCUGUCAGCAUGGGCCCCACCCAGUGCGUGGACACUCUCAGAACAGGUCUCGCCAUGGGAGCCGAUAGAGGAAUUCAUGUGGAAUCUAAUGGAGCUUUGUACCCGCUUUCCGUUGCCAAGCUUUUGAGAGCUCUUGUGGAGGUUGAGAAGCCUGGACUUCUAAUUCUUGGCAAACAGGCUAUUGAUGAUGAUUGCAAUCAGACUGGGCAAAUGGUUGCAGGGCUACUGAAUUGGCCACAAGGGACUUUUGCUUCAAGGGUUGUGCUGGAUAAGGAUAACCGGGUGGUGACAGUGGAUAGGGAGGUAGAUGGUGGUCUUGAGACUUUGUCUUUAGACUUGCCAGCAGUUAUCACCACUGAUUUGAGGCUGAACCAACCGAGGUACGCAACGCUCCCCAACAUAAUGAAAGCGAAAUCAAAGGUCAUCAAGAAAUUCACUCCGCAGGAUCUGAACGUCGAGAUCAAAUCCAACCUGGAGGUCGUUCAAGUGACCGAGCCUCCAAAGAGAAAAGCAGGCAUUAUCGUCUCUUCAGUCGAUGAGCUGAUCGACAAGCUAAAAAACGAAGCCCGCGUCAUCUGAUCUUUUCUGGUUUCAAUAAUCUUCUGCUCAGAACCUCCCUGUGCUUGUCAAUCCAUUUUAUCAAAACCCAUAACAAAUGAGCAACAUUGAACAACACAAGUUGUUUGUCAUCAUCAAAUUUCAAUAAUACAACACUGUUUCAGGGUCAACACAUGCAUCUCAAUCAUCAUGACAUCUCCAUCAUGUAUUUCUCAUAUUGUUGAAAUAGUGGGUCAAUCAUCAAAUUUAGCAUCUUUUCGUUUUA